UUCGGGGAUAAUACAGCCAUACGACCCCAAUGUCGAAAUGCUCGGCGCCGAGAACAGGGGGAACGUAACGUGUUAUCUCGACUCUUUGCUCCCCAAAGGAAGCUGGCCGCUUUGCUGAGGUUAUGGGUCAACAUGCUCAGAAGCGGCAAGCUGAUUCACACCGAUAUGACGGAACACAUACAGCUUGCCUUAGCCGAGUGUGGCUGGAAAGACGCCGCGCUUCUUGAGCAACAGGACACUUCCGAAGCAUUUGCCUUCAUUGCUGAUGCACUUCAAUUACCCCUCCUCGCCCUUCAAGUGGACCUGUUCCAUCAAGGAAAAGGGGAUGCCGAUGAUCACAAGGUCGUCCAUGAGAGGUGCCUCAACCUCCCAGUACCUCCCGAUACUGAAGGAAAGGGCAUCAAACUCGAGGACUGCAUGGAGGCAUACUUCAACAACAAAGUUGACGUUCUACGCGAUAGUCUUGAGGAAAAUAAGGCCGCUGAUAAGCCGACACUGAGUCCGGAGAACACGAUCCGGAUGGUCCCUGCAGAUGGGGACGAGACUCCGCGUGCCGAAAAGGAAAACACGCAGCUACAGCGGCGGUGGACAACUCACGGAGAGAUUGUGCAAUCACCAGUCUCCGCCUCGAUGUCCGAUGCCGUCGCAUCCUCCAGGACAAGGUCAACGAGCAUCAUACAGCGCUUUGUGGUGGAUGGGAAAGAUUCGAAUGGCCCCGCCACAGACCCUGAAACAAGCAGUCUUCUUCAGCGAGCCAGGCGGACGGGAUCAAAUGUGGUUAAAGCGGUGACAAUUCCGGCUUGGCAGUUCUACCGACUGAUACCGUGGAAUGCGAGCUCAAGCAGCGCACCGAGCAGCGACAUAGAGCUUGCUCGGCAUUUCAAUCAGCGCCCUGUCGUCGCCAUCUGCCUGAAAAGAUACACCAUGACAGAGAAUGGUGUGCCUAUCCGACUAAACACUUUCAUCGAUAUUCCCGAUAGCCUCCGUCUCCCGCACUUUAUGGUCGUUGACGAUGCCAAAGAAGGCCAAGACCCCAACGGCCUAAGUCAAGGGUACAAGUUAGUUUUGCAGUCAGCCAUCUGUCACCGAGGCGAAUCAAUUCACAGCGGGCAUUACAUCGCCUACGCUCGGGUCGCGCCCAAACUUUUAACGGAUAACAGGAGGCACGAUCAUGACCCACCUCCGGAUUACGAAGAACCCCAAUGGGUCAGGUUUGACGACCUAGCGGUCGAGAGGCGGGUUGAGCCCGUAGACGACAUUCAGGAGUGUCUGCGGCGCCAGGAAGAAAUGCCCUACGUCUUGAUCUACCAGAUCGUGCCGAUGGUGGACGUAACAAGCGCAUCGACCGAUGGAUCUGUUACAGAACCUCCAUGCUACGUUGAAUCAACAACAACUGGCCCCGGGACACCGACCGCCGAAGCGGUGUCCGAUGCGGGCCAAAUCUCGAGGUCGGCUAGUGGCUAUUUCGAUCCGGCAGCGACUCUCGCCCACACCGCCCCACGUAUUCGUCUCAGUUCCGAAAUUGAACGGCCGCAGCGGUUAAGUUUCGAAGACGACCUGCGCUCACUUGCCAAUCAAAUAAACAGCUCACGAGCCGGAAGCGUCACGUUCUCUGAGCCCCCACUGCAUGUCAACUCUGCCGUCAGUUCCGAGGCCGUCUCGCCGGUCGCCACCCCCCAGGAAGAGAGUACCGGAGCGCGGCUUUCGCGGGCAGCGGCGAUGUUCAAGACUGGCGCUAGCAAGUCUCGACCCACGAGCCAAGCAAGCGAGGGCCGAAUAAGCCUUACUAUGUCGAGAUUCGGCUUUGGCAGACAGAGCAGGGAGAGCGGCUCCAACGGUACUGCGGCAAAUUCAGAAGCAUCAGCAAUCGAACAGGGGGGGCUCGCGGCAGACGGAGAGGAAGCUGCCGGUGGGAAGGACAAAGACAAGGAGCAGCAUCCCUUCGACCACAACAAAAAGGAGGAGAGGGCCAGGAACAAAUCCAAAACCCGCGACCGGGAGGAGAAAAAGGAGAAAGGGAAAGGGAAGGCCAAAAAUGCGGGUAAGGAAAAGGAGGGUGUGCCUGACCGCGAGUGUCUCGUGAUGUGAGCGCAGCAGCGAAUAUGGAGGCGGUUGACGACCUAAGGGGACGGGUU